GCAAGUCGAGAGUCUCCUAGAGCUGCGAACAGAGACGCUGCCAUGACGGAAAGUUGUGAACCCCUCCCGCAACGCAGAUGCGCGCCAUCCUGAGGUCCCUGCUAGACCCCUCAAUGAUGAGCAGCUUGUCUUCUCGGGCACACAAUUGCACGGCAUGCGGGCUGCACAUGAUGCAGCGGGGGCGUCGUCAUCAGCUGACUCGGAUCCCAGCUUCGAGAGGGCCCCGGGACAGUGGUCAGAGAAGGAGAAGUCAAAGUGGCUGCAAGCGCGGCAAGGGCUCCCUGAAAGCGACUCGCAACCAGUGGGUGGCGAUGACGGCGAGGAAGAAGAGCAUGUGCGUUUUGCCGCCAAGGAGUACCUGAUUGAUGUGCUCUUCAACGUUUUUCGCUGCCACCACCGGACGGAUAUCACCGACACCGAGUCCAACAUGCUGGGCCAGGCAAUCACGGCAUACUACACGUUGAGCGACGAAGCGUUCAAGCUGUUGGGCGAGCAGUUUCGACGCUUCAACAAGGCCUCGACAGUCUGCGAGCGGAUGGGCCUGAGGAAGAGCUUGAGUCUACUGGGAAAAGGUGUCGGGAAGCUCAUGAUGAUGUCGGCGCUUAUCCACGUGCUCGACGAGUAUGAGGCGGCGCUUGCUCUCGGGCUUGAACCUGGCGCGGCAUCCACCCAGUGAUCAAGAGGACGAGCGUCGAGAAGGCGCUGCUGGUCAUGGAGAUGUUCGACCCGCAGAAGAUUACCUUCCUGGGAGAACAGAAGCUGCUCGCUGUUUACGAGGGCCGCACGCUGGACGAUUAUGGCGGUGCCGGGGAGCCUGAUCAGCACGGGGAGCACCAUGCAUGGCCGCAGCUGCUGCCACCCCUGGCAAACUCU